CCUGUUUUGUCUAGAAGUACCACAGUCGUACUUUGUUGUUUCUCUAGUAAACAUCGUCUACACCUACCGGGUAGUACCAAAACACGUGUUUGUUUUAUUUGCAAAUCAAAUAUGAGUACUUUUGACGAAAAAUUAAAACUGUUUGCCGUUGAUUUAUACAAAAUCAACGCCAUAAAGUUCGGCGAAUAUAAAACCAAAGUGGGUUUAAUAACCCCGGUUUAUUGUGACUUAAGGGUAAUAGUGAGUUACCCUCAGUUACUAAACACCCUAGCUGAAUUAAUAAUCGAAUAUAUUAAAAAAAUGCAAACAUUUGAUAUAGUUUGCGGCGUGCCAUAUACAGCCCUACCAAUAGCAACAGUCGUUUCUGUGAAAAACUCCAUCCCAAUGGUGAUGAGAAGAAAAGAAGCCAAAGACUACGGGACGAAAAAGUUAAUUGAAGGACAAUUUAAAGAAGGCGAUAAUUGCUUGAUUGUAGAAGAUGUGGUCACGUCCGGGAGCAGCAUUUUAGAAACUGUCAAAGAUUUAAAAAAUUCAGGCAUCAAGUGUAGUGACGCUAUUGUGUUACUCAACAGGGAACAAGGCGGCGAAAAAUUACUCAGCGAAAACGGGAUAAAAAUGCACGCUUUGUUGUCACUAACGCAGUUGAUGCAGUUUUUAAAAGAGGCUAACUGCGUCAACGAAAGCGUUGUUGAAAAAGUCAAAAUAUAUUUACAAAACACUCAAGUAGAUCCUAAUGUUUUAAUAAAAAACAAUAGGUUAAAAUUAUCGUUUUUGGAGAGACUAAAUUUUGCUAAAAACCCCGUCACUAGGAGACUUCUACAAGUCAUGUGUGACAAAAAAACGACACUAUGUGUAGCAGCUGACGUCACGUCCACCACAGACCUACUCAACCUAGCAGAACAGACAGGUCCUCAUAUUUGUUUAUUUAAAACACACAUAGACAUAGUGGAAGACUUCCACCCUAACUUUCUCAAACACUUGAAAGAAAUAGCAGAACGCCACAAUUUCAUUAUCUUUGAAGACAGAAAGUUCGCUGAUAUUGGUAACACAGUGCAGCUUCAAUACAGCAAAAGCAUGUACCAGAUUUCCUCCUGGGCCAAUUUAGUUACAGCCCAUUCGGUCAUGGGGAAGGGAAAUUUGGAAGGGAUUCAGCAGAGUGAAGGUUUGAAAGACAGAGGAGUAUUUCUUCUGGCUGAAGCGAGUUGUGCGGGUAGUCUGACGGACCAAAGCUACGUCGACGCCACACUAAAACUGGCUAAACAAUAUCCAGAUUUGAUCACUGGAAUUGUGUGUCAGAAUCCUCUUCUGUUAGAAGAACCAGGAGUGAUACAGCUGACGCCAGGUGUCCAUUUAGAGUCAGUGGGGGACAGAUUAGCACAACAGUACAACAGUCCAGAAACUGUUGUUCUCGAAAAAGGCGCCGAUGUUGCCGUCGUCGGUAGAGCAAUUACAAAAUCCGCAGACCCGGCGGCCGAGGCUGUGAAAUACAAGGAGGUUCUGUGGGCCGCAUAUGAAAAAAGAAUUGCCUCACAGUAGUUGUGAUUUUUAAUAAAUGUAAAUAUCUUUUUAA